AAACCGGGUGAGUUUGCUGGAGGAAUCAUAACAUUCCAACAACAGCUUAUUGUGCAGACAUAAUAUUGCAAACGAUCAUCAUGAAUCGUGUAGUAUUCUUUGUGGCACUCGCUGCCGUUGCUUGGGGAAAAACUGUUAAAGAUGAGGACGUGAAAUUUUACCUCACCAAUAGCAAACUUAGUUAUGAACAAAUCUCAACCGGAACUGGAACUUUAGACAUCAACCCUCAAAAACAAGUUAAAAUCAUCUGCCAUGGUUGGGUUGAUAGCAUCGAUUCCGACUGGUAUGUUGACGCCAAAGCCGAAUACGUCCGCCGUGGAAUGACCAAUGUUAUUGGUGUUGACUGGGGUACCCACGCCAAUGGUCUUUAUUCAUCAGCUGUAAAAGCAUCUCAACCCGUUGGAGAAAUAAUUGGAAAAUUAGUCUUGUACUUGCACAAUACCUAUGGCGUCCCAUUGUCUCAAAUUCAUUUGAUCGGACACUCUUUGGGCGCUCACAUUUCUGGAUUCGCCGGUAAAUACGUCUUGGCAACUAGUGGAAAACGUAUCGGAAGAAUCACCGGUUUAGAUCCAGCUGGACCAUCCUGGGAAAAGAAGGAUGCUGACAGCCGUUUAGCUGUUGGUGAUGCCGAUUUCGUUGAUGUCAUGCAUACCGAUGGUGGUAAUUUGGGUCUUGAUGAAGUUAUCGGCGAUGUUGAUUAUUACCCUAAUGGUGGAGUUUCCAGACAAAAUGGCUGUGGAAUUUUGGCAGUUGGUUGCAGCCAUAACCGUGCUCCCAAAUACUUCUAUGAAAGCAUCAACAGCAACGGAUUCGUAACUGUCCAAUGCUCUAGUGAAAAAGACUUCAACAAUGGAAACUGCGACAGCAACCCACGUACUGUUAUGGGUGAAAAUGUUGACACUUCUUUAAGAGGAACUUUCUACCUUUCCACUAAUAAAGAGGCGCCUUUCGCAAUUGGCACACUUUAAAUGAAUAAAGUUCAAUAAUUUUUGUUUCAUGCAAUCUUUUACAGUUUAAAGCAUAUAAAAUAAUAAAAAAUAAUUAAAUAAUAA